AUGGUUACCAAUAGUCUUGUUUCGCUCGCAGCGGCAGUUCGCUCGGCCUUGGCUAAACCCCAAAGCCUCUCGGCGUCCUCCGCAGAGGAGCAAGAGGCGAGGCUCGAUUUGAUUGAUCUGCUCCCCGAGCUCAAUGCAGUCUUAGUCGGUGAUAUUGAAUACCUCCGCGAACUGGCAUGGUCGGCUGUACACGUGCUCCCAGUGGCGGCCAUAAACCGAUGGGGAGUGGCAAAACUCGUUCCUGUUCACGGGGACAUCUCGUAUGAAGAGCUCGCGAAGGCAACCGGUGUUUCGGAGUCCAUUCUCCGGAGAACGCUUCGCCAUGCAAUGACGAGUCGGCUGUUCUGCGAGAGAAAUGGGAGGGUUGCACAUACACCCACGUCGAAAUUGCUGGUUGAGAAUGAAUACCUCGCCGCAUUCGUCGAUCUUCAUACGGAGGUGGCGUUCAAGAGCCUAGCGCAUACGACGGACGCAUUGCAAAAAUGGCCCGACUCGACAAGUCCGAGAGAAGUGGGCUACUCGAUCGCUGUCGGUAAACCUGGUGAGAUUUCUGUCUAUGAGGAUCUGGCGAAGGACCCUGCUCGGACAGUGAACUUCGGACGUGCGAUGCAGUUCUUCAGCUCGGGCGAGGGGUACGAAGUGACCAGUUUGGUUGAAGGCUACCCUUGGGGUAAGCUUGGGAAAGGGACUGUGGUUGAUGUUGGAGGGGCAAACGGGUUCGCGAGCGCAGCAAUCUCAAAAGCCUUCCCAGAUCUCAAACUCAUCGUUCAAGAUAUCCGAAUGGUGGGAGAGAUCAAGGUCGACUACCCAGGGACCAAUAUCGAAUGGAUGCAGCAUGACUAUUUCACCCCGCAGCCUGUCAAGGACGCAGAUGUGUACCUCUACCGCUUCGUGUUUCAUAACCAAUAUGACGAUAAAGCGACUCAGACGUUGAGAGCCGCGAUCCCGGCUUUGAAAAAGGGGGCGAGGAUUCUGAUUAACGACGAGAUUUUGCCGGAGCCUGGGAAGAUUAGGUGGAGGAAUGAGAGGGCUGUUAGGGGACUGGAUGCGAUUAUGCUUGCAUGUAUGAGUGGACACGAGAGAGGAGUGAGUGAGUGGGAGGAAUUGUUCAAGCAGGCGGAUUCGCGGUACAAGUUUCUCGGUGCGGCUCCAGCACCGAACUCGAAAAUGUGGCUGAUCGAAGCCGAAUGGACUGGAUGACGGAUAUGAGCAAGUGAGCACGGGGCAUCUGACUAUGUAGCCUCCUCUAUCAGUGAUUCUAUGAGUACUAUCAAAGAUUAUGGGGAUGUCGUGGGUCAGGCAAUUCAUGCAAGAGAGCCCGCUAAGGGAGUACCGAGAUAUCCCGCACGCAACACCUCAAAAUAUC